AUGUUUCCAAGUGACAUGGUCUUGGGGAUUUUCCUCACAUCUGAGUUCUGCAUCGGCUUCAUAGGGAACUCAUUGUUCUUCCUAUAUUAUGUGUACAUCUUCUUAGAUAAGCAUUAUCUGAAGAAAUCUACAGAUGCAAUUGUCAUGCACCUGACAAUAGUCAAUACUUUGACAAUUGUCUUCUUGUUGAUACCUGAUAUUGCAUCAUCCUUUGGAGUGAGACGUCUUCUCAAUGAUGCUGGUUGUAAGGCAGUCUUGUAUAUCCACAGAGUUACCCGGGGACUUUCCAUCUGUACUACAUCUUUUCUGAGUACAUUUCAAGCCAUCACCAUCAGUCCCAGUAACUCUAAGUGGGCGUGGUUGAAACCUAAACUCUCUACAUGGAUCUUUCCCUCUUUCUUUCUCUUCUUGGUCAUCAACAUGCUCAUUUACAUUCAUCUCAUUCAUACUGUAAUAGCCAGGAACAAUGACAGUCAUGCUGUCCGGGGUUAUAUUCACGCUUUCUGUAAGAACAUAGAGUUUAGGGUUGACUCAUGGCAAUUUUUCUUUGUCUUACUCACUCGAGAUCUCUUCUUUGUUGUCCUCAUGAUGUCAACCAGCCUCUACAUGGUGAAUCUCCUUUUCAGACAUCAUAGGAGAACCCAGCAUGUCCACAGCCAGAGCCUCUCCUCCCAGCCAUCUCCUGAAACCAAAGCCACUCACAGCAUCCUUUUGCUGGUAAUUUGCUUUGUGUUCUUUUAUUGGUUGAGUAAUAUUGUCACCAUUUAUCGAUUCUAUACUUCUGAGAAAAUUCUGAGACUGGAAGGAGUUAAUGCUAUUUUAUCAUCCUGCUACCCAGCCAUGUGUCCUUUCAUACUCAUGAGGAAUAAAAAGAUUAUUUUGAAGUUUUCUGCCAGCAAUGCAAAUCUGACUCCUGCCCCUCUGCGCUCUGUGUCUGCCGCCUGGCUCCGCGCCCACCUCUGCCCCACCUGGCAGCCAGACACCCUGCCACGCCGCACCUGCUUCCCUGCCCAGAUCACGUGCACAGAUCGAUCCCUGCAUGCAGAAGCUUAA